CAAAGACACAACUUAGUCUGUCAUCUAUUUUAGUUCCACUUCCACCAUGACACAUCCCAUUCUAUUGCUUGGACUUAUGAUAGUAGCAUACUUAAGUGUAAGAAAAAAUGAUGUUUCCCAAGCUGAAAAUUCCUUCUUGCAAUACUGGGAAGAUCAUAUUGGUCUUCCACACCCACCACAUUGGUUUGUUGCAAAGGCUUCUCCAUUAAGCUUCCAUCAAACGGCAAUGUUUAUGAAACUAAUAGAGGAAAAUCAACUAGCUUCACACCUGGGUUCAUUUUGUAAGCACGCUAAUAUUGCUUGUUCUACAAAUGCAUUGGUGAAGAAGACAAUGGAUGACACAACCUUGCCACCAAUGGCCCAAUGGAAUGUCUUAAAGCUGAAAUAUGAAGGUCUUCCUGAUGAAACAACUCUGUCAGUUGCCAGUCAAGGGGGAUUGCCAUAUUUCCGGGAGUCAAUGGUGAAAGAGGGAAGUUUCAUACGUAUCCCUGAUUUAAGGGAUCCAAUGGCAUAUAAAUCGUUCUUGCCACGGCCUUUGGCAUCAAAAAUCCCAUUUUCUGUUGUCCGGAUCAAUGAAUUAUUUAAGAUUUUUGGUGUGGUGGAUGAAACAAACAUGAAUGGGUAUAUUCGGGACACCCUCGAGAUAUGUGAGGAGAGCCCCAUUCGAGGUGAGCAAUGCACAUGUGCCACUUCAGCUGAAGAUCUCAUCGAUUUUGUUGUCGAAAAAUUAGGGCACCAUGUACACAUGUGGAGUACUGAGAACGUCGAAGGAUCUUAUGAAAAUGUCACAAUUGAAGCCCUGAAACUCAUCCAUGGAAACCUCUCUGAAUCACCAAUCUUAUGUCAUAGUCAGCCAUUUCCAUUUCAAGUCUAUUAUUGCCAUAUUUUCCAGAAAGUAAAAGUAUAUAUAGUUGAUAUACAUGCUCGGAAGAAAGUGAAUCAUACGAUCAUGACAUGCCAUUAUGAUACAUCAACUUGGAAUCAGAACCAUGUUGCUUUUAAGUUGCUGGGUUUUGGCCCAGGCCUAAUUGAAGUAUGUCAUUGGAUAACCGAGAAUGGAAUGGUCUGGACAAAGACUCUAGGUUGAGCAAAACAUUGAAGAUUUGAUUUUCUUCCAGUUCCCUUUUAAUAUGCUAUUUGAAGGAUAAAUAAUGGUUUAUUUUGGCUUGCUUUUUAUGUAUUUUAAGUUUCAAUAUAGUUUUGUUUUUCAAAUUUCUAGCA